AUGGGGUACAAGAUCACCAAUAUUUAUGUCAUCACCACGGUGGCCGUCAUUGGCGGUGCACUAUUUGGUUUUGAUAUUGCUUCUAUGUCUGCCAUUCUCGGCACCCAACAGUACAAAUGUUUCUUCAACCAAACUGGCACUAACAAGGAUGGUAAAUGCGGUGGUCCUACCUCUGCCAACCAGGGUGGCAUCUCAGCAUCCAUGCCUGGUGGUUCCUGGGUAGGCGCUCUAGCUUCCGGUUUCGUGACUGACUAUCUGGGUCGCCGCGGAGCCAUUCAGACAGGCUCUGUGAUCUGGUGCAUCGGUAGCGCCAUCGUGUGCUCAUCUUUUGGGGUCGCCCAGCUUGUCGUUGGCCGCUUCAUCAACGGUAUUUCCGUGGGCAUCCUCAGCGCCCAGGUCCCUGUCUACGUCGCCGAAUUAGCCCAGCCCAGUAAGCGUGGCCAAGUGGUCGGAGCACAACAGUGGGCCAUCACAUGGGGAAUCCUGAUCAUGUUCUACGUCUCCUACGGUUGUAGUUUCCUCGAGGGUACUGCUGCAUGGCGUACUCCCUGGGGUCUGCAGAUGGUCCCCGCCGCCAUGCUCUUUGGCUUGGUCUUCCUGUUGCCUGAGAGUCCACGUUGGUUGGCCAAGAAAGAUCGCUGGGAGGAGGCUCACGAGGUUUUGGCUUCGGUCCAUGCUAAGGGUGACCGCAAUGCCCCCUUUGUGCAGGCUGAGUUACAAGAGAUCCGUGAGAUGGUCGACUUCGAACGUCACAACAAGGAUGCCUCAUACCUGGACCUAUUCAAGGGUCCUAUGCUUUACCGCACCCACCUCGGCAUGUUUACUCAAAUUUGGUCUCAGCUCACUGGCAUGAACGUCAUGAUGCUUUACAUCACCUAUGUGUUUGGUAUGGCCGGUCUCACUGGAAACUCGAACCUUGUCGCAUCCUCAAUUCAGUACGUCAUCAAUGUCGUGAUGACCAUCCUAGCUUUGCUCUUCAUUGAUCGUUGGGGCCGUCGCACUCCGCUUUUGGUUGGUUCGACACUCAUGAUGGUGUUCAUGUUUGCCAACGCUGGCAUCAUGGCUUCGUAUGGCAAGCCAGCUCCACCGGGCGGUGUUGAUGGUACCCCCGAACAGUCGUGGGAUCUCUCCGAUGCCCCCAAGGCGGCGAAGGGAGUCAUCGCUUGCACCUAUCUAUUCGUUGCCAGUUAUGCGCCAACCUGGGGUCCUGUCAGCUGGAUCUACCCCCCUGAGCUGUAUCCCCUUCGUCUGCGUGGCAAAGCUGUCGCACUUUCCACGUCAUCUAACUGGAUCUUCAACUUUGCCCUGUCCUACUUCGUCCCGCCUGCUUUUGAGAACAUCAGGUGGAAGGUUUAUAUCGUCUUCGGAAUAUUCUGCUUCGCAAUGACUGUACAUGUCUUCUUCGCCUUCCCAGAAACGGCUGGAAAGACCCUGGAGGAGGUUGAAUCCAUGUUUACAACCCCUGGUCUUGUGCCAUGGAAGACCAAGGUGCAGUACCAGCAGGUUCGCAGGCUAGAGCAGGGAGGUAUUCAAUCAGACAAGGUGGCCGAUCUUCACGCGGAGGAAGGAACUGUCCAAACUCCUAAGAACGUUGAGAAAGAGACCACUGUUUCGCAGGUUGAAUAG